CUUCACUUCUAACCUGUCAUCGUAACUUGUUAUCACUAAUAAUAAUUUCAAUGUUAUCAUUAUUGUCAAGAGGUCUAAAAAUACCUAAUAAAAUAUAUUUUUAUAGUUGUGUACCAAAAGCAAGUAAGAUGGAUGAAACGUUUAUGUUUAAUUACAUAAAAAAAUGCAUCCCGCCUUUAGAUGGAUCCAGUCACAAGGGUCAAGCUGGAAGAAUCGGAGUUGUUGGAGGUUCUUUGGAGUACACCGGGGCUCCUUACUUCGCCGGGAUUAGUGCAUUAAAAGUUGGCGCUGAUUUAGUUCACAUAUUUUGCACUACCCCUGCAGCUACAGUCAUAAAAUCAUACAGUCCUGAAUUAAUAGUACAUCCAUUGCUUGACAUUUCAAAUGCAGUAUCAAUGAUAUCACCUUGGUUUGACAGGCUCCAUUGCAUUGUGAUAGGCCCAGGAUUAGGAAGAGAACCCAGUACUUUCCAAGUAGUCUCUGAACUGAUUAAAACAAUUCAAGAAAAAAAAAUACCAUUAGUUAUAGAUGCAGAUGGUCUGUUCUUGAUUACAGAAAACCCAGAAUUAAUUAAAGAUUUCUCUUCUCCAGUCAUACUUACACCAAACAAAAUGGAAUAUGAAAGGCUUUGUAAUAAAGUUAACGGACAAGCAGGGUUAAGGCAUCUUGGGAGUAAAGUGACUAUCCUGAGGAAAGGACCUGUAGAUGAGGUGUUUAGUGUGGAUACUAAGGUGGAAUGGAAAUCAAACACUGGUGGUUCAGGGAGGAGAUGUGGUGGCCAAGGUGAUUUGCUAUCUGGAUCUAUUGCAACAUUUCUACACUGGGCAACAGCUAAGACAGAGAAAGUAGAGAGUGGAAGUGAUAAAGAAUUGUUAGGAGCAUCAGUUUCAUGCUAUGCAGCCUCCCGCUUAGUGAGGUUGUGUAAUGAAAAAGCAUUUAAAGUAAAAGGUCGCAGUAUGCUGGCAAAUGAUAUGAUAGAUCAUAUCCAUGAUUCUUUUGAAGAGCUUUAUGGACAGUAACAGAUAAAGCUCUGGGUUUAAUGUUAGUAGUAUGUUACGGUUUUAUAGGCACGAUGUUUGUAAUAUAUUUGGGAUAAUGUAAUGUAAGCAAUAAUGUUUUUAUAUGGUUGUGUUACGACUUUUCAUUUGACUAAACAUGUCCCAAUAUUAUUGAUCUAAAUAUUAGAGCAAACUAAAGUAAGAGAUAUUUUGUUAAUAGACAGUUUAAUAAGUUUAAGAGUUACAAUAAAUUAAUAGGUGCAAAAAACAAGUUUAAGUUUUUUCGUCUCUUCUGCAAUAAAUAUUACAAAUGUAAUUUUUGUAUAUUGUAUAGUAUGGAUUAAAAAGUGAAUUAAUUA